AUGUGGCGGCCGGGGGCGGCCGGCGCGGUGCGCGCCGCGCGGCGGGCGGCGGCGGCGCGGCGGCGGAGCGGAGGCCCUGGGGGCGCCCCGCUGGCGGGGACAGCCGCCGCCGGCUGCGGCCGGACGCAAUUACAACAUUCUUCAGAUGUGAAGAGCAAGACUGUUCGGUUCAUGAAUUUAAGAAGUGCAGGAACUCUGAAUGACACAAGCUCUUUAGAUGAGACCACUUAUGAAAAACUGGCUGAAGAAACACUGGACUCCUUAGCAGAUUUCUUUGAGGACCUGACAGAUAAGCCUUUUACCCCAGAAGAUUAUGAUGUCUCUUUAGGGAGUGGAGUUCUAACAGUUAAAUUAGGUGGAGACAUGGGAACAUAUGUAAUCAAUAAGCAAACACCAAACCGGCAGAUUUGGCUGUCCUCACCCACUAGUGGGCCCAAGCGGUAUGACUGGACUGGACGGAAUUGGGUGUAUUCUCAUGACAGAGUAUCCCUUCAUGAACUACUAUCAAAAGAAUUUUCAACAGCGUUAAAAACUAAAUUGGAUUUGUCCUGCUUAAUAUAUUCUGGGAAAGAAGAUACUUGAUGGAUGGUAUUCUACCUCGUGGAAGUUUAAAGACUUUAACCACAAGCCAAGCCUUUCCUUGGUUUCUGAAGUACCUGAGCUUAAUUCUGUUGUUGUUUUUCUUGACAUCACUAUGUUAUGCAACAAAAACGAAAAUAAUAUAUUUUUCUCUAGUACUCA